UGACGUCACUCGGACAUUCCGAGACAAUCAGAGACAGCUCACUUCACUAUCCCCACCGCAAUCUUCUAUCCAGCUGUCGAGCAAACCGUUUGGCAGUCGGCGAGGCUAAUUUUCUCGAGAACGAUCGUGGACUGCGUGAAGGUCUCGACGUUGGCGGGGAUUCUUCGCCGCGGCUAAAGAAAGCGAGUUUCGAGUCCACGUCGACCAGACAUACGCACGUUCGAUCGAAGUAAACGGGGUCGGUACGCAGACCGACGAGUGACCGUUGUCGUAACGUAGUCGGCGCCGUCGUAGGCCGUCAAGGUGGGACCGAAUUCGUGCAUUUCCAUAACGGUAUCGAAAACAGGGCGACCUUCACGGACGCGACUUGACAAGAAUUGAAGGAAGAGACAACCAACGAGCUUCGUUCUCUAUCUCUUUCUGUGUUUCUCUCGCGCCUUUCAUAGUCCACUUUCCUCUCUCUCCCUCCCCCCUCUCUGUUUCUUUCUCUUGCUCGCUCUCGCGUCGCAAAUCCGCAACCUCGUAAGAAAUAACCCUCGCCUGUCGCGUGUGCGUGCGUCGUGCGUGCAUGCGCGCGCGUGGUAAGAGAGAACGCGCGCGUUCUGCGUGCUAUAUCAUCUGUACGUACAUGCAUACGGACGCGAGUGAGCGCUCUUCCUCCUACACCCUUCCCUUCCGUGUGUGAUUGUACACGCGUGUGGGUGCCGCGAUUUCUUUCGUCGGACUUGGCCCCUUGGGUAGCCGACGUGCGGAAGGUGCGGAGGAGGAAGGUGGUCGUCAUCAUCGUCGUCGUCGUCGUCGUCGUCGUCGUCGUCGUCCGGCGCAGCGUGUGCACGCAUCUACACAUACAUACACAUACACGAGUCAAAGAGAAAGAGAGUGAGAGAGGGCCUCUCGCGUGAUCCAUCACCGUCAUCGCUCGAAAAAGUAAGCGACGAGCCCAUUUGUGAGGGAUGUCCACCCCCGCGAGGAGAAGAUUGAUGCGAGACUUCAAGAGAUUACAGGAAGAUCCUCCUACUGGAGUAUCAGGUGCUCCGACAGACAAUAAUAUUAUGAUAUGGAAUGCAGUUAUAUUUGGACCACAUGAUACCCCAUUCGAAGAUGGCACAUUUAAGCUUACAAUAGAAUUCACGGAGGAAUAUCCAAAUAAACCACCUACAGUGAGAUUUGUUAGUAAAAUGUUUCAUCCCAAUGUAUAUGCAGAUGGUGGAAUUUGUCUUGACAUACUUCAAAAUCGUUGGAGUCCUACUUACGAUGUCUCAGCUAUCUUAACAUCUAUACAGUCGCUGUUAAGUGACCCGAACCCGAAUUCACCUGCCAACUCAAUGGCAGCGCAACUGUACAAAGAGAAUCGACGCGAGUACGAGAAGCGAGUGAAGGCUUGUGUGGAGCAGAGUUUUGUGGAUUAGUCGCGAGCUAUAACACGAUGCUGUCGCAGCAUCGGUCAGCCACCAACAGCCAUCAAAUACGGAGGAGAACGUGCAGCCUUACCAAGGAGCUAACGUUUAAAUAAAAAAAAAAAAAGAAAGAAAAACACGAACCUUAGCAUGUUUCUUCCUGAAAAGCUCUAUCGAACUACCACGAUGUGCAACGUUAGACCGAAUUUUUACAAUGUUGAAUAAUAAAUUAUUAUGAAAUUGCGUAUAUUUAUUUAUUUCGAUGUCUGAUGAACACGAAAUUAGUACUGUAAUUAAAUGUUAGAAUAUAAAAGAAAAAUACUUGGC